AUGGCAACAGAGGAACCCAAGGUGAAGCUCUACUGGCUGGAGCAGUCCAGAGCCCAGAAUAUUCUUUGGCUGCUUGAAGAGCUCAAAAUCAAGUAUGAAGUGGAGGUCUUCCAUCGCAACAAACAGACUCUGCUUGCGCCUCCAGAGCUAGCCAAGGUUCAUCCCCUCGGCAAGUCUCCAGUCAUCGAGAUCUUCCCAGGUGGCUCUGGAGACUCAAUCAAGCUGGGAGAGAGCGGUUACAUGACGCAGUACCUGUGUGAUCACUUUGGAAAAGACUCCGGUCUGAUCCCCAAGAAGUGGAAGGACGGCCAAGAAGGCAAAAUCGGAGGAGAGACCGAAGAGUGGACGAGAUGCCAGUAUUAUAUGCAUUACGUUGAAGGAAGUCUGCUUCCUGUCUUUACCUUGUCUCUUGUCAUCUCAGCCCUCAAAUCGGACAAUGUCCCCUUCAUCGUCCGGCCUAUCACCUCGGUGGUCGCAAACAGGAUCUUCAGCAUGAUGAUCUUCCCCAACGCCAAGAAGCAUCUAUCCAUGAUUGAGGAGCAUCUUGCAACUGCUCCAGGUGGAGGAGACAAGUACAUUUGCGGUCCGAACUUGACGGCUGCCGAUAUCCUGCUCAGCUUUGCGCUCAUCGCUGCUGAGGGCAGGCUCGACGGAUUUGGAAAUUGGCCAGGAGGCUCAGCCAAGAAAACUUAUCCCAAGGUAUUUGCGUAUAUCGAGCGACUCAAGAAGGAGCCCGGGUAUGAACGGUCUGCUCAGAAGAUCCGCGAGAUUGAUGGCAAGUUUGAGGCCACCAUCUCUCGAUUCUAG